CACAUCGCGUUCCUCAUGUCCAAUCGAUCCCCGCUCGGGAGGAGCGACGGGAGAGCAUUGGAGUAUCACUCCUGCAUCCCUGUGCCCCAUCACUCUCAUCAGCAUCUCUCCAGCGACAGCAGCGCAUCUCCGUGACAGACUCAGGCAAACGGUUUGGUGAUAAGCUGGAGGAGAGGAACUUGUUUGGAGCCGGAGCUCGCUUCGUGGGGGAAUUACGCACUUCUGGAGACUUUUCUGCUCCUUCUGAUCUUAACAAGAGACUUCUCACCUUUGCUGCUACUUAAGUUAUUUUUUUGUUGCGUUAUUGGUGUCGGAUCUGGACUAGAGGCUCGAAAGGAUUGACUCCUUAAAGUCUGGAAGUUGAAGCUGAAAAGUGAAUAAGCGCUCCUCUCACUUGGAUCCCGUACAGUGCGCACUGAUCAUGCCUCCGAUAUUGUAGAUUCGGAGUGUUCUUCGUGUUUAAGGUGAAGAAGAGCCACCAUGAGUUUUACCUCGUGAGAUCCUGCGUAGCGGAAGAUAGAAGACAGACAGGAUGAAGCUGAGGGGAAGGUCAGCAUGGCCUUGGCAGGUGGCCUUCCUUGUUGCCUUGGUGAUGCUCUGGGUUGAUCCAGUGUCCGCCGGCAACCGUAAUCAUCGGGGAUCCACAGGUACACAGGGUUUUGCCCUGAAUCCCCCUUCCUCCACCAUGAGAGUAUCAUACCAGGUGAAACAGGGCACAUGUGAGGUGGUGGCCAUCCAUCGCUGCUGCAACAAGAAUAAGAUCGAGGAGCGCUCUCAAACCGUCAAGUGUUCCUGCUUUCCCGGGCAGGUGGCUGGGACGACCAGAGCCAGACCCUCCUGUGUGGAAGCUUCUAUUGUCGCCCAGAAGUGGUGGUGUCACAUGCAGCCCUGUAUGGAUGGAGAGGAGUGCAAAGUCCUACCUGACCUGACUGGUUGGUCAUGCAGCACUGGCAACAAAGUAAAAACCACCAAGGUUACACGAUAGCGAGAGAGCCACUGAGGCAAAGAGAAACCUGAAGCGCUUAAUGUGGAGACAGCGGAUGACUCACACAUAUUCACAGCCUGAUGGGGAAUAUCGAGGAAAGGACUACUGUCGGGAUAUCUGUCACAAAACAAAUGGAUAAAAAGUUCUCAUCAAAACAAUGUGGAUCCAGAAAAUUUACCAAACUGCAUAUUGAAGCUAAAAGACUGCAGUCAGGGUCACUCAAGUGUGACAGUUAUUCUGUACCAUGGACAAUGUGGAAUGUUACACAUUGGUUGAUCUCUAACACCAAUGUAGCAUUUGAAACUCUACUUCAGCAAAGCAUUUUGGGCUCCUGUGUGGGAAGAGAAGUCAAGGAUUUACUGACAAAGUUGUCAAACUCUUAAAACUUCUUCUGGAAACAGCGGAAACAAUGAAAGACAUAAAAGCUCAUAGCAAAUUAGCUGCAGAAUGCUCUUGUGGGUCAUGUCACCACCGCUUGCACGGUUUUGCAGGAUUCAUUUUGCAGGUCUAAUUAGGGGAAUUGCAGUAGAAUCAUAACAAAAUAUUAAAAAUUCAUGUAGGAUAUUUGCAGCUGUCGAAAAACCGUUUGGGGAUGUUUUAUUGCUCAGUACAUGGCACAUCUUUUGUUGUGGAUCCCAAAUGAAACUGAAGGUGAGCAUUUUAAUAAACUGAGAAUUGCAGUACUGUAGAUAAAUAUGCAUAUCGUAAACCAUCAACUGAUCAAGUUUUUUGUGAAAAAUAGCUCAAAAUCAAGCAGCUUUACUUACUUGAACCCUCGCAAAAUAUGAACUAGAAAACUGUGUCUUAUUUAUAAGUUGAUUUUUAUUUUGCCUGCAGACAUUGAUUAUCUCAUCCUUCAGAGUUUUGAUUCCUUACUUCCUAUUUUAAUUCUGUUUUUAAGGAUGCUCAUAAACGUUUAAACAAAGAGAAGGUUUUGUUUUUAUGGUAUUCUUACGACUAAUGAAUCAUCUUUUUCUAGUUACACUGCCUUGUGAACGCCUUGAACAUUGUUACUUUUUGUCACACUUAAACCUCAAGCUUUUGUUUAUGUUUGUUUGAUUGUAUGUAAUAUUCCAACACAAAAUACUUUGGAAUACUUCAGAAAAAAGUAUGACAUUCAUUCAAGUCAAUUUGCAAGUCAAAAUGUAAAAGGUGUGGCAGACAGCUGUAUGUUAAUCCCCUGAAUCAAUGCAUUUUACCACCAGCUUUCACUUGUUUUAAAGCUGUAAAAUAUUUUUUUUUCCCCCCAUACGUCACAUAUACAAAUAUUUUUUUUAUGAGCUGGCAGGGAUUCUCAAAUAGAGUUAGCUCUGGACUUUGACUGGGGCCUUCUAACAUAUCAAUAUCUUAUAAACUAGAAUGAUCUGGCUGUAUGUUUAAGGUUAUUUUGUUCAUGAUACAUGAGAAUAUGCUUUCUUCCACAUCGGCCUCUAACUCCAGCUAAUCCUCGAACUACUAUACACUUCUAUAUCUCUGCUGAGGACGGGCCUCUCCACAGUAUCAUGAUGUGCCUGCCAUGUUUUAUUAUGGGGAUGGUAUGUUUGCUGCAGUGUGAAGUGUCAGUUUUCCAUAUAACAUGAGGUUAUGCAUGUGUGCAAAAAAGGACCAUUGUUGGUCUUUUCUGACCACUCCUUUUCAAACAGAUACAUCUUUUUAUUCUCUGAGGUGUCAGUCAUGUCCUCUUUAUUAUACUUUUUAUGUUAAACUUAAGCAGCACUGAUCUUCAUGUCACGAUAAAGACCAGAUUUAGGAAUUGCACAACUGAUAAAUGUUAUAUCAAUAAAUCAUUCUAUUUGAGCUUAGGAUCUAAGCAGCUCCUCCAGAGAUAACAAUUUUAAACUUCUCCGCAGCUUUCUCCCUGACAUUUUUACGUAGUUCCUUGGUGUUUAUUUCGUUUUUUAUUCACAAAUGAAUUCACAGAACAACUGGAUUUAAAACACCAUCAAACAUCAAACACUUUCAGAUUUUUGUCUACUGAAAAACUUGAUACCAAUAUAUCAAUUUCACCCUACUUUAUCCAUCACACAAAAUGAUUAUAGUAUAAAAUCAAG